CUCCCUGUCAUCCGUCCCCUUCCUUCUCCGCCCAAGCUCUCCCUUCACUCUUUAAAACCCUACAUUCUUUACUGCCAUGCCUUCAUUCGCCAAGAUCGUCUCCUUCGCUGCUCUCGCGUUCGGCGCGUUUGUUUCCGCUGUGCCUCUCGGCGCUCCCGCCGUCCCUGACGUCCUGUCUACCGUAAACGGUGUUGUUCCUGCUGUUCCCGCACUGGUUCAUCGCCAUGAGCUGAAGAGCGUCGCGGUGGUCCUCACUGAGGCUAAAGUGGCGUUGACCCCCCUCUGUGCUGAGCUCCAGUUCAUUGUUGCGGGUAACGCGACGGUUGAUGCCGUCGGACCCAUCCUUGUGGAUGUUAAGGCGGUCCUGAGUGAUACCGUUAGCGCGUUGAACUUGCUCGUUGGCCAGCCCGUUGAGGUCAUCCUCCUCACUGUCGACGGUACGGCGAAGGUGGUCCUUGCGGAUGUUGCCAAUCUCCUUGCCGGUCUGCUUUGCCUCCUCUUCACCGCGCUUGCCCACGUUGUAGCCGUGGUGAAGGGAGAUGUCACAGGCAUCCUCGCCAUCAUUGCUCCCAUUGGCGAGCUUGUUAGUGGCCUGCUCAGCAUCGUCAUCACCCUUGUUGGCUCGAUCCUCGGCGAUGUCCUUGGCGCUCUCCUCCCCCUCAUUGGCGCCAUUGUGCCCAUUGUCCUCAACCUCAACCUUACGGCUGUUAUCUCGAUCCUCCACCUCUGAGAUCUGCUUUGAUAUAUUGCAUCAUUGCUUCGUAGUCGUAUUGAUACCAUGAGCUAUUUCCUACAAUGAAUCAAAUAAUUUUCUCUGCUUC